CCGCUCCAAGAUGGCGGACAGGAGCUUCCUGCAGGGCGCCGCGCGGUGCCGCCCCGGGGCAGGGCGCGAGGCGUGAGGCCGAGGGUUCUACGGAGCAUCGUGCGGCCGUGGAUGAGAGCCCGGCUGGCGGCCCGCAGCUCCCCGAGCCCGCCUGGCAGCCAUGGCCGCUGUGGUGGCCAAACGCGACGGGCCGCAGUUCAUCAGCGAGGCGGCGGUGCGAGGGAACGCGGCCAUCCUGGAUUAUUGCCGCACGUCCGUGUCGGCGCUGUCCGGAGCCACGGCCGGGAUCCUGGGCCUGACGGGGCUGCACGGCUUCAUCUUCUACUUGAUGGCGUCCGUCCUCCUCUCCGUGCUGCUGGUGCUGAAGGCCGGGCGGCGCUGGAAUAAGUACUUUAAAUCCAGGAGGCCGCUGUUCACGGGGGGGCUGAUAGGAGGGCUAUUCACAUACGUCUUGUUCUGGACUUUCCUGUACGGGAUGGUUCACGUCUAUUAAAACAGCCACGGUGGAUUUUAACGAAGCUGGAGGACUGUUGCCAAACGUCACCCACACAACCGGGCCACCUUUUAAACCUGUUCAUGGCUUGUGUCCUUAACGCUGUCUGUACAUUAUGUCCGAGUACAAUGAAUCGGUAGCACUGGUCUCAUUAAAUUGAAUGUGAAAGCA